AUGUCGUGGAAGAUUCAGGACUUACCCGAGAAGGGUUCCGCGGCGGCCACACACAGGAAUGCCACGCGCCGCCUGCUCAAGGAACUGGACGUCUGGCGGCGCGAGCAGGUCGACGAGCGGGGCGUCGAGAGACUGGGGCCCGUCGGGGACGAGGACCUGCUGCACUGGGAGGCCGUGAUCAACGGGCGGGGAAUCGGGGGAGGUUACGACGAUGGACGCUGGCUACUCUCCAUUGAGGUCCCAACGACGUAUCCCCUCCGCCCGCCAACGAUCCGCUUCGUGACGCCCAUUGUGCACGCCAAUGUUGCUCUGGACUCGGGCGAGAUCUGCCUCGACCUGCUGAAGGAUGCGUGGACGCCGGCAUAUAGCGUGCUCGAGAGCGUGAGGGCUGUACGGACGCUGCUGGGCUACCCGGGCGUGGACAGCCCGUUGAACGUCGACGUCGCGGCUCUGCUGAGGGCAGGGGACGCGGUCGGUGCAAAGGGGCUGGUGGAAUACUGGAUCGGCGAAGAGGGGGGCCGGUAUAACGGUACAUAA